ACCCUUCCCUCCUUCCCCCCGGAACCUUUUGCCCCCCUAUUUCUUUUUUUUUUUUUUUUUUUUUUUUGUACCCCUUUGGAGCUCUUAAUCAGGGACGGUGCACCACGAACGAAAAGAGGAAAACAGUUUAGGUAUUCCUGUUUUUCUCCACGUAUCUCAAUCUGUGCGGACAACUCUUGAGCAAAACUAGCGCAGCUUUGCUCCGGAGGAGGGGGAUCUCCUGCCACUGAUUGCAGCCCAGCACCGUGACUGUGAGGCGUUUUUAUUUUUUAUUUUAUUUUUAACCUAGCACUUGAAGAGCGCCAUGGCGACCCAAGUGGAUGCGUGGUCCUCCGCGCCUCAAGCCGACGGGGCGGUUACUUCGGAUCACCAGCCCGAGGCCAGCUGUCCCUACAGCGAUGACGAUGAUGGACUGGACGAGGCGGAGGUCAAUGGCAACUGGACGCCCCAAGAGAAAGCACUCCACGAGGCUCGCCUCAAAGCCAAAGCCAAGCGUCGCCUGCGCAGGUCCUCGUCCCGCAACUCGACGAGCGAGUCCGUCUCAGAGUCAGGCGAGACGCCAGGAGGCGACCCGCACGCCGCGAAGGGCAAAGUUCACAACAACGACCGCAAGUCGAGGACGGGCAAAGGCAGAGGCUUGCCAAAGAAAGGUGGGGCAGGAGGUAAAGGAGUUUGGGGUGCUCCUGGGAUGGUUUAUGAAGCCGAAGAGCCGGACGUACGGGACCCCAACUAUGAUGAAGCUGCUCAGGGUGACACUGUUUACGAAACGGUCGUGCCAGAGGUGGAAGAGAAGGAACUAGAAAAGAUGGUAAACCCGAUCGUAUUGGAGUACUUUGAACACGGGGACACAAAAGAGGUUGAGGUGUUGUUGAAGGAGCUCAACCUGGGCCAACAUAAGUACGAGUUUACCUCCGUGGCCGUGUCCCUGUCCCUGGAAGGCAAGGCCAGUCACAGGGAGCUGACUUCCCGCCUGCUGUCCGAUCUGUCGGGGAAGAUGCUCACGCAGGGUGAGAUGGCCCACGCUUUCGAUAAGAUGCUGAAAGAGCUGCCAGACCUCAUUCUGGACACGCCAGAGGCCCCCCAGAUGUUGGGCCAGUUCAUAGCCCGAGGCAUAGCCGAUCACGUCCUUCCCAUGAACUUCCUGGAUAGCUACAAAGGGAAAGUGGACUGUGAGCACGCCAGAGUGGCUUUAGAUCGUGCUGCGGUGCUGCUGUCCAUGAAAAAAGGGAUGAUUGGUCUGGAUAACGUGUGGGGUGUCGGUGGAGGUCUGAGACCCGUUAAACAUCUUGUCAAAAAGAUGAACCUUCUCCUCAAAGAGUACCUGAUAUCCGGGGACGUGUCCGAGGCAGAGCGCUGCCUCCGCGACCUGGAAGUCCCUCACUUCCAUCAUGAGCUGGUCUACGAGGUAUUCAGUCAGUCUCUCCUCCAUUUCUGGUGCUUAUUUGUUCUCCACCAGUUUAUUACAACACGUUCCAAGCCGAGAUGUGAUGAAAGUGUUUCUUUUUCUUCCUUGCUUAUGUCUUGUCAAGUAAACCGAAGACAGAGCUGCACUCAUGAAUCUCUGCUUUUAAUAGGAUUCCUGUUUUUUCGCCAAGGACAUUGUGUGUUUGGCUGUUACUCUCUCAUUUUCAGUCAGUCUGAUCUUGAAGCCGAGUCCAAAUUAGUUCAAAAUGUCUGCAACUGUAAAUCUAGCAUUUAUUUGUCUUUAUCACACACACUGGCAACAUGUUCGUUUCUGAACUGGGAGACUUCUGUUUUUGUUUUUACUUUUUUUUUUUUUUAUUAAUUAAAGCUGGCAACUCACACUUAGCAGAUGAUCUGUUUCUGUUGCAAAACAAAACUUAAAACACAAAUUUCUAUAAACUAACAGCUAUACUUACACGAUGUGUACUCUGUCUACCGAAGUCUGACUAUACAAUAAGUAACAAAUUGUGAGAAGUCUUGAAUUGAAUACCUUUUUGAUUACAGUAGAAUAAUCUCCUAAUAGAAAUGCUCUCACUGCAUAGAUAUGGAGAUGUUUUUUUAUUUACUUUCUCACUGUUUAUAGUGCACAUAUUUAAUGUGUGUGAUGUUAGGAUAGAACAGGCUUGUCAUCUCUCCCAACAACUAUUUGACACGUAGAUGUAAAGCAAAUGACUGAAAGAUGCCACUCUUUGCUCAUGUUUCCAAGCUGUUAAUUUUGCAUUUUAUUUUAUUUUUUUUACAUCCCAUACUGCUGUCUCUCACUCAGGCUUGUCGCAGCUGCAUAUCUUCAAACCUUUAACUUAUUGUAGACAAUUUGAUGUACCUGCCAGUUCCCAACUUGUGAAGACGAACUCCCGUCUGCUUUGCUUUGAUCGUAUGCGCUCCUGCAUUUCCCAUUUGAAGUUGAAGAUAUUUAAAAAAAUACUGAAAUAUCUGAUCAAAUCUAAAAUAAUCAUAUCAAUGCACACAAUGCAUGUCAAAACUGCUGUAUGUACAAGACGUGCACAGAACUGAAAUGGUGUCCCGCUCAUAUCCCUGGCCCAAAAU